AUGGCGGCGAUAGGGAAGACGAGGCUGGACUCGGGUUGGAUAGGGACUAGAGACAGGGAGGUCACGGUUAGUGGCACCCAGCUCACCACCACCCACCCUCCCUCCCCUGCCCUUCCUUGGAUGGAGGCCGUCGUCCCCGGAACUGUUAUGGCAACCUUGGUGAAGGGCAAAGAUGUACCCGAUCCCUUCUAUGAACUGCAAAACGAUUACAUCAUAGAUAUUACUGAAUCCGGGAGGCAGUACUACACAUUCUGUCUCUUCACAACUUUUCAGUGUAAACUGUCCAGCACACAGUUCCUGGAUCUGAAUUUCCGCGCAAUCAAUUAUUACGCAGAGGUAUAUUUAAAUGGGCACAAAAAAGACCUGCCAAGAGGGAUGUUUCGAAGACAUUCUCUUGAUGUCACUGAUAUAGCGCAUCCUGAUGGUCGAAAUUUGCUUGCUGUUCGUGUUUACCUGCCAGAUAAUCCUGGGACCAUUCCUCCUGAGGGUGGGCAAGGUGGCGAUCAUGAGAUCGGGAAAGAUGUAGCUGCACAAUAUGUGGAAGGUUGGGAUUGGAUGUGCCCUAUAAGGGAUAGAAACACUGGCAUAUGGGAUGAGGUGUCAAUUUCUGUAACAGGGCCAGUUAAAAUAAUUGAUCCCCACUUGGUUUCAUCGUUUUUUGACAAUUACAAGAGGGUAUAUCUUCAUGCUACAUUUGAGUUGGAAAAUGGAAGCACCUGCGUUGUCGAGUGUUCUUUGAAUAUCCAAGUCACAACAGAACUUGAAGGAAACGUUUGUUUAGUAGAGCAUCUUCAGACUCAACAUCUGUCAAUCCCUGCUGGAUCACGGGUGAAAUAUACAUUUCCUGAGCUCUUCUUCUACAAACCCAAUUUAUGGUGGCCAAAUGGUAUGGGAAAGCAAUCCUUGUACAAUGUUGAUAUUACUGUCGAUGUAAAGGGAUACGGAGAAUCUGAUUUGUGGAGCCAAUUAUUUGGAUUCCGCAAAAUUGAGAGCCACAUUGAUACUACCACCGGUGGGAGGUUGUUCAAGGUCAAUGGUCAGCCUAUUUUUAUUCGUGGUGGUAAUUGGACAGUGUCAGAUGGCCUCCUACGACUUUCAAAAGAGCGUUACAGAACAGACAUCAAGUUUCAUGCAGAUAUGAAUCUUAACAUGCUCCGUUGUUGGGGAGGGGAAGUGGCCGAGAGGCCAGAAUUUUAUCAUUACUGUGAUAUUUAUGGCCUGUUGGUCUGGCAAGAAUUUUGGAUUACUGGAGAUGUCAAUGGACGAGGUGUCCCAGUAUCAAAUCCAAAUGGUCCACUGGACCAUGAUCUUUUCUUGCUAUGCGCAAGAGAUACUGUCAAGCUUCUAAGGAACCAUCCAAGUCUUGCCCUUUGGGUGGGUGGAAGUAAACAAAUUCCUCCAGAUGACGUCAACACAGCUUUGAAACAUGACCUCAGGCUCCAUCCAAAUUUUGAAAGCUUAUCAAAUGAGAGUGGCAAGAUUGUUAAAGAUUUUUCUGCAGGGUCGGACGAUCCAAGCCAAUAUCUUGAUGGUAAACGCAUUUACAUCCAAGGGUCCUUGUGGGAUGGAUUUGCAAAUGGAAAGGGGGACUUCACGGAUGGCCCUUAUGAAAUUCUGAAUGGUUCUGUAGGUAUGCCUGUUUCAGCUACCAUCAGAGCUACAAUGCCUCCAGAAGCACGGCAGAUUCCUUUGUUUAAGAAGGUUUCCAAUGAUUAUGAAGAAGUUCCAAACGGCAUGUGGGUACACUAUAAAUACAUGCCUUAUUCAAAACCAGGCAAGGUUCAUGACCAGAUUUUACUUUAUGGGUCGCCAAAGGAUCUUGAUGAUUUUUGCUUGAAGGCUCAACUAGCUAACUACAUUCAGUAUAAAGCUCUAUUAGAGGGUUGGACUUCACGCAUGUGGAGUAAAUACACUGGUGUUUUGAUUUGGAAAACACAGAAUCCUUGGCCAGGUCUUAGAGGGCAACUUUACGACCAUUUUCUAGACCAAACGGCAGGUUUCUAUGGCUGUCGAAGCGCAGCGGAGCCAAUCCAUGUCCAGCUUAACUUGGCUACAUAUUUCAUAGAGGUUGUCAACACUACAUCAGAGGAACUAUCUGAUGUCGCUAUAGAAGCCUCGGUGUGGGAUCUAGAAGGAACAUGCCCAUACUACAAAGCUCAUGAAAAGGUGUCCAUGCCGCCAAAAAUAACAGUACCAAUUGCUGAGAUGAAAUAUCCAAAAUCUAAAAACCCAAGGCCAGUGUACUUUCUUCUUCUCAAGCUGUAUCACAUGUCAGAUUAUCGCAUUAUAUCCAGGAACUUUUACUGCUUGCAUCUGUCUGGUGGAGAUUACAAGCUGUUAGAACCGUACAGGAAGAAAACAGUUCCAUUAAAAGUUACAUCCCAGGUUUCCAUCAAAGGAACCACCUAUGAAAUGCAUAUGCGCAUCCAGAACAAAUCUAAGAAACCAGUGCCGAAAAGUUUAACCUAUCAAAACAAUUUCACUACUAAACAAGGUGAUGGUGAUUUUGAUGUAGCAUCGGUGGAAUCUACACACGACGGAGCAGACAAAGAGCUUGAAGUUGGUUGGUUUCGGAAAAUAUCCAGACAUUUCACAAAGGAGAAUGGUGGUUUGAGGGUUGCUGAAAUCAAUGGCAAAGACACAGGCGUUGCUUUCUUCCUUCAUUUUUCAGUUCAUGGAUUGAAGACAGACCAUAAGGAAGGAGAAGACACAAGAAUUCUUCCUGUUCAUUAUUCAGACAACUAUUUUUCGCUGGUGCCAGGUGAAGUUAUGCCCAUCAAGAUCUCUUUUGAGGUCCCUCCUGGUGUCACCCCCCGAGUUACUCUUGAUGGAUGGAAUUACCAUGGUAUCCAUACAGUCCAUUGAGUUGGUUAAUGAAUUUUUUUUUCUUUGCUCUUUGUAAUAGUUGAAUUAUACACAAGAGAUCUUGCUCCUCAAGCAAAGACCAAUGUAAGGAAACAAUGUCCAAUUUUACAGACAUUAUUAUCCC